AUGCCCCGGUCGCUCCCGGACGACCCCUGGCCGAGCAACUGUGCGUCCACGCGCACCUUCACUCGCUGCAUGGCGCCCGGCGACGAGCACAUUGUGUGCGCAACGAGCUCCUUCUGCGCGGCAACCUCGACGCCGGCACCCCCCACGCCAACUCCCAGCGACCCAUCAUCGCGGCGGUGGCACGCCGUACUGGUCGCGCUACUGGUCCGUGUACAAGGGCACGCGGGUACCGACUAUUGCGGUGACCGCAGCGUCUUCGAGAUGACGGACUCGGGCGCUACCCUGCAGAACCCCGAGUUUUCCGCCAUCGGACCUCGGUUCGUGAAAGCCCAUGGUCGAAGCAAGCUUAAGUAUGACAUGCUUGCUAUCUUCGCUGUCGUCAAAGGCUAA